AUGCGGCUACACGACUCACAGCUUGGAGACGCAUACCAAGAUAAGAAGAAGGAACAUAUUAGACGUCUCCUUGGGGAUCAGGAAAAACUAAGCAGCGCUGAAAAUUACAGGCCUACGGAGCAAGGGCCUUAUUUGGAGUAUGUCAAGAGUCUAUCAAAGAGAUGGCCGCAGCUAGAGCUUUUAAACGAUUUCAUGGAAGUUGGGACUGUGCCUACACGCUGGCGCAUCUUCCCUGGAGAGGAAAAGGACAAGAACGAGAAGCCGCGAUAUACAUAUCCUGAGAUUCGAAAAGAAGCUGAACAACGUCGCCGGGCAACAAGAAUGAAUGUUGCUUUGCUUAAAUUCCAGGAAGCAGGAAAUAUAGUCUUUGACCAGUACCGUUUGGAAGAUAACUCUACGGACGGUGAUAUUCAGACUGCCCACAAACAUUUACGAAAAGCUAUUUCCGAUGCCAAGGAAGACCAAUCAGUACACAACUUCAGUUUGUUUGUUGUGGAGGACCUUUCACGCGAUGUGAUUGAGAUCUUGGGCUCAGGGUUGUCCAUCGAUCCACGGUUCUUCCGCGCUCACAUCACAGACUACGUCUGGAACAAUAUUCGCGACCGAUGGCGUGAGCCGUCAAUACUUCAGAUUGACGCCAAACGGCAGAGCUGGUUCCAGCUUCGCUUAAUCCGCUCUCGCUAUUUUGAGAAUCAAAGCCAGCUGACGGAGGCCAAAAACCAAGUCAAUAACUUUAAUGUUAUGCGACGCUUGGAUGCAGACAGGAACCAGAUCUUCUGGGAUAAGGAUCCAGAUCCUACUAUAUGGGAAAAACUUAAAGCUGAAGCCAUUCGAGAUCAGAGUGAAGUGGAUGAAAAACAGGAUACAAGAGUGGAUGCAAAAGUUGGACAUAUGCGCAGUCGUUCUACGUUCUGGUUGAACGAAAAGUCCACUAUCGGUGUCCUUCUACUUGAACCAACUCCAGAAGCUGGGUAUCCUCUUUGGCGUGGAUAUCCUAACUGGGGCGAAAUACCGAAAUUUGGAGUCAACGAGGACUCAUUUGAUGACCUCCAGAUUCCGUCAUCGAGAUCCAACACUACAGGAAAGUCAAUGAGCUGGUUUGAAGACUACAUCUUAUGGGCCCAGAAGACCGCCAACUUCGCAAAGCCCUUGGAUGAUGCUAAUGAACAACUUGCCAUUCCGAUUCAGUGCUUGCUACACUUGGUGUGUGGCGAGUGGCUCACGUUCUCUGACUAUCUUAACGCCCGGCUCAACCAGAUUGACUGGGGAAUUGUGAACCCUUCAUUCUUUCCUGAGUCCGGAGGUACUGAUCAUCAAAAACAGAGUCUGAGGAAGCUUCACUUCUGGCGACGAUGGGUACCCCAAGCACGAGAUAUGCUUCAAGCAACUAUGAGCCAAGUCAUUGAUGACAAAGGGAGCAAAGUUGCCAAAUACUUUGAGCUCUACAAUGAUGAUUUGGAGAUUAUUAAGAAACGCUUAGAGGACUACGAAACACGGAUCGACCGUCUCAGCACGGUUGUCAACUCGACGAUCAGCCUUACUGAUGCCAGCAACACAUCAAGGCUCACCAUACUGGCAUCGUUCUUCAUCCCACCGAGCCUGGUGGCCACAUUGUUGUCCAUGAAUAUGGAUCCACUCAUUGGACUUGGUAAUGCGCUGAAAUGGUGGGCGGUGGCGUCUGUCGUGGCUGUCACGAUUCUUUUCGCUAUAGGUUAUCUGUUGAAGACCAGGAAGGCGGAAAGUUUGAAAAAGAACUUGUCAAUCACGAAACUUGUUUCGAAGUUGGAAGGACGAUGGAAGAUCCGCUAUGUUGAAGAAACCAAGACUACCUGUUGUAAGAUUAGCCCCUUCUGCGCUCCACCAGAAUUGAGGCCUACCAUGCAAAAAACCUCGUAUCAUGCACGCCAAGCUGCAAAGAGGGAAUUGAACAGCCAACAUGCAUCACUAGCGGUGAUAUGCAGUGCAUACAGAUUUGCAGAUACAAACCCGACGAGUGGUAAAUCAGUGCUUAGCUCGCUACCAUACAUGGUUCAAUAUUAUCUUCGUCGUGACUUUAGGGAAGUCAUUUUUCCCUUUUUUUAA